CGCUCUAUGACCCGACAAAGUGCUGCACCUCGGAAGCAAAUCUGUUUAAAGGGAGCAGCCGGGGUCCUGUGUGUGACAAGGAAGUUAGCCGGCGCAAAAUUCACUGGCAGCCAGCUUUGUGAGACAGCGGCCAAGCCCCAGCCUAACGUCUCGCUACACGAUAAGGAUUCAAAGAUCCGCUUGUAUUUCUCUCAUUUAUUCUUUGCUCGAGCAGGCCUCUGAACAUCCCUUUCGGUUAAAAUGACAUCUAACGUCGAGCUAUUGUCAAAUAGUUUACGACAACUAGAGCUCCAACAGUCUGAUACACACCUUAGGUCAAAUGACCAAGACGGGGACCCACGACCUGAUAAUGACUCCACUCCAGACAACGACUCUCUUUUGGCAUCACCAUCAGCUAAUGCCUCACGUCCCAGUUGGCCUCAAGCCCGAGAGGGUUACGGCUUUCGAUCUGCUUCGGGUAUGUCGACACCCCUCACCAUGGCCUCUCAUCCUGUCGAAAGAGGCAGCCCACUUCCCGACCCUAAUGGUCUUGGAUGGCCUGCAAAAUCCACUGUGUCUCGGCUGCAUGAAACCACAGCAGAGCGUAGCGCGCGUGAGAAGAUGAUGGUCUCUGCGGUGCGGACUAUUCUUGAGUGUAUCGGAGAAGACCCCAACCGGGAAGGCUUGCUGAAAACGCCGGAGAGGUACGCUCAAGCCAUUAUGUGGAUGACUCGAGGAUACGAAGAGCGAUUGGCAGAUGUAAUCAACGAUGCCGUAUUCGCAGAGGAUCACGAUGAGAUGGUUCUAGUCCGUGAAAUCGAUAUUUCUAGCCUUUGCGAACAUCACCUGGUUCCUUUCACUGGAAAAGUCGCUAUCGCGUACAUCCCAAAUCAGCUAGUCCUUGGUCUUUCCAAGCUUGCGCGGAUUGCCGAAACUUUCAGCCGUCGUCUGCAGGUUCAAGAGCGGUUGACUAAACAGAUUGCUAUCGCCGUUCAGGAGGCAAUUAAGCCCCGUGGAGUUGCAGUUGUUAUGGAAGCAACCCAUAUGUGCAUGACCAUGCGUGGUGUCCAGAAACCAGGUUCCAUCACUGUCACUUCCUGCAUGCUAGGCUGUUUCCGAACUCAACAGAAGACUCGAGAGGAAUUCCUUACCUUGAUCAAAAGAUAGCGACAGUUAUCCGCCACCUACCACGAUUCAACUCGUAAUAUCGAUUCAACUCGGAGUCACUCAUUCACCUCAGUUACAUAUCCAUUUAAUAAUUCAUA